AGGCCUGGGGCGCGGCGAGGCAGCCGGCGGCGGGGCGGGUCCUGCGGGAAGAUGCCGUCCGCCUUCUCGGCCCGCUCCUUCCCCGUCAGCAUCCCCGCCGUGAUCACGCAGACGGACUGGACUGAGCCGUGGCUCUUGGGACUGGCUGCCUUCCACCUGCUCUGCCUGCUACUCACCUGGCUCUCCUCCCAGAGGUAUAAACUGCAGGUCGGGCACUUCCUGUGUCUUGUGAUCCUGGUCUAUUGUGCUGAGUACAUCAACGAGGUGGCGGCCAUGAACUGGAGGUUGUUUUCCAAGUACCAGUACUUCGAUUCCAGGGGCAUGUUCAUCUCCACCGUGUUCUCGGCGCCACUACUGCUCAACCCCUGGCCAUCGUGGUGCGUCAUGUGGGUGCAUAAGACACUGGCGGUCAUGGCUGACCUGAAGCGCUUACAGGCGAAGAGGAGAGAGGGGCGCAGCAGGAGGAAAGAAGAGUGACCUGUGGCGUGGCUACCUCCCCACCCCCCUGGGCGGGUCCAGUGUCACGGGCCCCCGGGUGGUCCCCGUACAUCCCUCCGCAGUGUGCGUGCCCUGGCAAGGGCGGGGCCUUUAGGCCAACGGGUAAUAAACGCCCGGUGCUCAGUCUCCCGUGUGCCCGCUUGUC